UAAGUAAUAGCUUAUCUGUGUGCCCCAGAAGGGUGUGACUCGGGGAGAUCAGCAAGCUGAAGUGCAGGAACACACGCUGAGGUUUUCACACAGGCAAGAAUCAGGAGAUGUAUGCCUGUGGGAGAGUGACUGCACUCCUGCUUCAGCCCUCCACCACCCUGCUCCAGGUGGGACAGAGCCACUGCAGCACAGCAGUGCUUCAACACCUCGGCUGUGUGCACCCGGUGACCAGAUCUGGGUCAUGCUGCUGGGUCAGAUUUGCAUCUGCAUCUGAGCUCUGAUGUGACGUGAGCAAACUGGGGCUGGUCCUGUCGCGCCAUGGCACACUUUCCAGCCUCAUGCACAUGUGUGCAAUCCUGUCACCUCACUGGGUUGUUGCAAAGCUUCUGAGUGAUCGUGUUCUUUCUCUGCCUCAGUGCAGUGCCUGCAUUGCUGCCACUCCAAACACUGCAGGAGGAAACUCCUAUUUUUGCUUUGGUUUUGUUUGUUGAAGAGAAGCUUUGUGAUGGGUGACAGAGCAGAGCCUCUGAUGACUGUGCAUCUUCUCACCAACUCAGGAUACUCGGCGUUUCUGCAGCAAGCUCUGGAUCGGCUCAUGGAGUGGAUCUGCCCAGAUGUUCGACUUUUCUUUGUGUCUGAGCGAGUUGCUCCACUGAAAUACUAUGAGAGGUACCAAAAGAGAAACUGCAGCUUUCCUGGGAUAUCUGUCUUCCUUUUUCUGCAGGAGGACCUGGGAGAAGAGCGGAUUCUCCAGGUUCAGGAUCUCCUCCAGCACCCACCCUGGCACUACCAGCGUGUCCCGACCUGGGCACGAAGUCAUCCCCACACGCCAGCUCCCCAGGACUUCUAUGGCCUGGAUGACCAGAUGCCUGUGUGGGGCAUCCGGCGGGUGGGCUGCAGCCCCGAAAUCCUGCGUGUGACCCUCUACUGCAGCUUUGAUAACUAUGAUGAUGCAGUAGGGCUGUAUGAGAUGAUCCUACGGAAAGAAGCAACCAUCCGGAAAAGCAAUUUCUGUGUCUUCGUGCUAUAUGCCACUAAAACUAUUGCUGUCCAGCUCUGCCUGAAGCAGCUGCCCAUUGGGAUGGCUGCUGAGCCUAAGGAGUCAUCACUUUUGCAGUUCAAGGUGCAAGAAAUGGGGCAGCUGGUGCCUCUCCUGCCCAAUCCAUGCAUUCCUAUCAGCAGAACCAGGUGGCAAACACAAGACUAUGAAGGAAAUAAAAUUCUGCUUCAGGUGCAGAACAGCUCCAAACAGAAUGAAACAAACACUGGUCUUCCCAACCGGCGCAGUGCUGUCGGUGUUGAAGGACUGCCGCGCAGCCCCAGCACAGCUCCUCUCCCCAUUGCUCUGCGCAGCGCUGAGCAGGGAGGCCAGCAGGCCUGGGCCUCGAGGGGCAGAGUGACAUCCAGGCCAGGCCAGGCCCUCCUCGGCUCUUCCUGGGGUGCUGCAGUGCCCUCCCACCACGUGCUCACAAGCAGCAGGCAGCAGGAGGGCUGGCCGUGCCGGCCAGCAGCAGAAACCAAUGUGGACACGGGGCUGGCUGUGGGCAGAACUGUGGGCUGUCGCUGCUCGCUGCAGCACGGCCUUCUGCAGCCAUGGGUGCUGGGCACGGCCUGCACUGCCCCGCACUGUGCGCAGCUGCCAUCUUCUGUGGCCAACAGGAGGAAAGGAGCGGGGCACAGGGCUCUGGGCUCCCACGUGCAAACAUGGAGAGCCAGCCCUGGAACCAGGCCCGAGGAGGAAGAGGAGGAGUUCUUCAUAUGACUGGAAACAAGUGCGAGGCAGGCUCCUCCUUUCUCAGUCAUACUGACAUGACUUUGUCUGGAAGCACAGUGGCCGGGCUGUGUUAGGCUGUGCGCAGGGCGAUGGAAACCUCAACUGGGUCUGAAACAACAGAAGAUGAAAGGCUGCGGGCUCAGAGGGACUGCUGAAGGGCAAGCAGGGCAGGAGAAAUGGAGCCAUGCAGGAGCAAGGAUGCUGAAAUGAUAUGUGCUGCUGCUUGUGGGGUGCAUGCAGUGUGUGACUGCUUUCUGCUUACUUCACUGGACACACAAACUUAUACCCACUUUUCCUAUAAUCUAUAAAGGCAGUGCCAGAGAGAGGUUUGGUGAGCUGGGAGGGCAGUGCAGCAAAGCAGAGCACCUGUGCUGCGGGGCUGAGGAGAACAGCUGUGAAAGCCUGGGGGCACCAGCCUGGCUGUGGGUGUGGAGGGGCAGUGAUGAAUGGGGAGUGGGAUUCCUGGGACAAGUGGCUUUAAACAGGCCUUUCAGUAUGACCAACGUGUGGAGGGAUGGGAGCCCUGCUCUGAGUGUGGGCGCAGGGCUCUGUGGGGCCAGCACCACAGCACUGGCAGGCACUACAAAAUGCCAUCCCUGGCUCAUGCUGCUGCAGUCACUGGCUGUGCCAGGGCCCUGGCCUCCUGCUGAGGGAGCAGCUGGUGAGCUUGGCUCCUCUGGGAAGGCAGUCCUGAGUGCACUCCUCUGUCCUGAAUUUGGUGUCAAAUCGCCAGUUGGUGUCUCUACAGCCUCAGGGUCCGUGGAGACGUGGCACUGAGGGGCACGGUGGGGAUGGACUGCCAAUUGGACUAGAUGAUCUUAGAAGUCUUUUCCAAACUUAAUGAUUCUGAGAACGCGGCAGCUGCUGUCUGCGUGCUCCUGGUGCGGCUGCCCAGUGCUCCUGCACC